AUGUUUGCUGAUUUUAAAUUGGCUACUGAGGGGAAGUUGAGGUCGGUAGAACCCAAUGUUAUCCGUUCCAAUAAUCUUGAAGUUCUUUUGACUAGCAUCAAUAAUAAUCACUGGGAUAUUUUUAAUGUCUUAAACAAAAAAAAACCAGAAUCUUUAACUGAAUUAGCCAAACUCCUGAAUCAAGCUAUGGGAAUUGUCAAACUAAAAAAAGAAGGUAAAGAGACAAGACCUAUUGUUUUAUAUGACGAAAUUAAAUUAUUAUCAGAACUUACGAUUAUGACUGAAAAUAAAAAUAACCAAACCGAAGAAAUGACCUUUUUAGUUAUUGCCAAUCAACCCGGAGUGAAGGAAGAAAUAACUAGGCAAGAUAUACAAAGAGCUUUAAUAAGUCAGCAAGAAUUUAUUGAAAAAAAUCUAUCCCAAAACUCAAUACUUAAUUCGGCUAUUAUCGGAGAAAGAAAAGGGUUGGUGAUGGUAAAGGUUCAUCUUUCAGAUGAAACUACUCGGGAAACAAUUCGUAAGGCUAACGGCAUUGAUGUUACAGAAGCUAUUUUUCAAGAUGAGAAAACUGCUAAGGAAUAUCGAGGAUACGAAUUCUGA